GAAAAGUGUUAUCACAUCCCUCAGUGACUCCGUGUGCAUUGCACGUGUUUCGAGAGAGAGCGAGUGUGUGAGCUGCUCCCCUAUUUGUGAGAAGCAUAGAAAAUCAUCCCUCUUUGUGUGAUCCACAGAAAAAAAGCCCCCAAAGUGAACUGAAGGAUUUUCUUUUCAAUUCAAAAGCAGGAUAAAAAUAAAAGGAGUUCGGUGCAAUUUAUAAUUAGUCUGAUACAACAUUUCACGAGAGAUUUAAUCUCAAAGGAGACACACAAAUAGGGUGAGAAGGGAAAAACAGUCAAGAGAGGAAGCAGCAACAAAAAUCCAAGCAGUUUUUCGUGGACACAAAGUAAGGGCAGCUAUGAAGCAGGGUGACACUACUAGCGUCAAUGGUGCUCAAGAUGACUCCAAGAACGCCGAACCAACUAAGCAGGAAUUAGAGGCGGAAUUCGAUCCCAAUGACAGAGAACUCCGUGAGGCUGCAACACGAAUUCAAGCCACUUUCCGGGGGCAUCUGGCGCGUAAAUUGGCUUCAGGUGGUGAAGUGAAGGAUGAUGAUGAACUCCAAGAGAUCACCAAGAAGGUUGCUGAAGAAUUGGAUAUUGACCUGAGUGAUCCGGAACUCAAUAAAGCAGCCACGAAAAUUCAAGCAUCCUUCCGUGGUCAUAAGCAGCGCAAAACUGAAACUGAUACACCCAACAACUAAAUUUUCAUUCUCUCAUUCAUUACUAUAAACACAAGAAAACCCAGCAGUUAUACGUACUCUGAGAGAAGAAAAAGAAAAAAUAAAUACCUAAUCUUUAAAAAGAAAAAAAGUGAAAAAUUACCUUUAAAAAAAAUAAAUAUAUUAGCAGAAAGAUUUAAAAAAGAAAAAAGAAUAAACCCAUACUGUGCGUGAUGGCGCACACAUAGAAGAAAGGAUGUAGAAUUUAAUGCAGUUUCAUAAAGAACAAAAAAAAUCCGACGAGGCCGUAGAUUCUAUAUGUAAAUUUAACAUAAAAAAAACCAAAAAAAAAAGUUCUCUUUCUCUUCAUUAGAACCAACAAAAAAAAAGUCAGUCAAUUUGCCUUUUGUAUUGCCAAUUGGAAUGCGAUGCGAGGAAAAUUUUAAAAACUCCAUUUGGGAGAAGAAUUUUCGAAAUUUUUAAUUUGUUUUAUUUUAAAAAUAAAUUAUUUCUUAGAAUCAUUCACUAAUUAAAAAAUAAAUAAACAAAAAAAAACAGGUAAAACGCAUUCCACACCUCAUCCUGUGACUCAUUUGCGACUCAUUUGUGACUCAUCUGUGACUUUUCACACCCCCAAAAAAAACAAAGAGUUUUUCUUACUACAUAUUUCUACCUGAAGAAAAUGGAAUUUUUAGAGGAAUGUAAGUCAUUGCUCUCACCACCACCACCCCCAAACUUCUAUAUAGAAUGUACUUAAAAUUGAGUGCUUUAUUGAGAAUUAUUUAGGCUAAUUAGAAUAAUUUUACACGCAAUAGAAACUUUCUUGUUUGUUCGCUUGUGAAUAACUUAUUAUAUGGAAACCUUUUCUUCAUUUUAAUUGAAAAUAAAUAACAUGCCAUAGGACAAAA